CUUUGCACAACAUUCUAAAGAAUGCCGCCAGUGGUAUGUGAGGUGUGCAAGGAAGCACGAGCAGCGGUCAUCCGACCGAAGAACUCGCAAAAAAUCUGCAAGCAGUGUUUCUUGUCAGUCUUUGAAAUCGAAAUCCACGAGACAAUCGUGAGUAAUCAGCUAUUUCAACGGGGCGAACGAGUUGCAAUCGGUGCUUCGGGCGGGAAAGACUCUACCGUUCUUGCUUCUGUCCUCAAGACAUUGAAUGAGCGUCAUGAUUACGGAUUGGACCUGGUCCUGUUGUCCAUCGAUGAGGGUAUCAAAGGGUACCGAGACGACAGCCUUGAAACGGUGAAGAGAAAUGCAACGCAGUAUGGAAUGCCCCUCGAAAUUGUGGGUUACGAUCAACUAUACGGCUGGACCAUGGACCAGGUUGUGGCGCAGGUGGGCAAGAAGGGUAAUUGCACGUACUGUGGAGUGUUUCGGAGGCAAGCGUUGGACAGAGGAGCCUCAAAGUUGGGCAUCAAGCACGUUGUCACGGGACAUAAUGCGGACGACGUUGCAGAGACCGUCAUGAUGAAUCUAUUACGGGGCGAUCUUCCUCGACUGGCUAGGGCAACCUCCAUUAUGACCUCAAGUGCAGCUAGCGAGACUAAACGCAGUAAGCCGCUCAAGUAUGCCUACGAAAAGGAAAUUGUGCUUUAUGCGCACCACAAGAAACUGGACUACUUCAGCACGGAAUGCAUAUACUCGCCAGAGGCCUUUCGAGGCAGUGCCCGGACAUUGAUCAAAGACUUGGAAAAGAUCCGGCCGAGCAGUAUCUUGGAUAUUGUCAAGAGUGGAGAAGACAUGGCUGCUCUGGUGCCACCAGAACUGAGCAGCUCUGUCUCCUGUGGUGUAAAUGGCGACGAAGAAGUCAACGGCUGCGGCACGCGAAACGCCGACGGUGGCUCCAUGACUCAGAUGGAAAGAACCUUGGCCGCAAACGAGGCAGCCGCCGACCGAGAGACUGAAAUUGAGUUGACCCAUGGAGCCCAAACAGGCUCAAGCACAAAGAUGUCUGCACCAAAGAUCCACGACAAGAAGCCAAGAGGGCGUCGAAAGAUUGUCAAGCAGGUGAUGGGUCAAUGCGAGAGAUGUGGUUAUCUAUCAAGUCAAAAGAUUUGUAAAGCUUGCUCUCUUCUCGAGGGUCUCAACAAGAGCCGACCUCGAAACAGUAUCGAAGUCAGCAUAGAAGACGAGGAGGGAUCCACCACCUUGAUGAGGCAGGUGGCCGACCUUGCCAUCAGUGCCGGAUGAAGUCUAGUCAUCAGGCAAUCUUCCUUUGCCUUGUCGAAUUUCCCGCCAGAGUCGAUUCCAAAAAGAACCAUGCUCUUUCCAUGAGAAGUAUCAUUAUCUGUACCAUCAGAAUGAUCACUCUGAGCAGAUGAUUCUUGAUGGUUGGUGUUGGCCGUUUCUCUCGAGAGUACGCUGGAUCCACGAUCCCAAAUGGCAAAUGAGCUCCCAAAUGGUCGACAGCUACCGACAAACCGCUGCUG